AUGACGCUCGCAACACCCGAGGCCCGCGCCCAGUACUCGCACCAGCUUGCGAUGUACACUCUCCGCCAGUUCGUCGAGGCGCGCAAAUCCCUGGACUUGGAUCGGGACGCGAAGAGGAAGCUUCCCCCAUCGCAUGCGCGCGAUCCGCGAGCGAUGCAGGCGCUUCAGAAUGAACGAGCCGCAUUGAAGGGCACUCGCCAAGUGCGCGCAACGUCAUGAGUGCUCUCCUCCAUAUACCUCUCGUCGUAAUUUAUACAAGGGACAGCAUCGCACCAUGACCUGUUCUCCUGCACUCGCAUAUCUCGCAUCUUGUCUGUAUUAUAGUUUGCAUACCACCUUGCUCUCAUACGUAUACUCGCAACACCCGUCUUAGCGAACGCUACGCACUACAUAGCCACGGCCGCUUUCGCAUGUACCGCAUACUUACAACACCAUCCAUAGACCGAGCCCGCCCAGCCGGCUCUGCGAUAUAAUAUACUCACACACUGGGUGGCAAGGGCGCCUCACAAAGCCCUUCCCAGUCGUUUUCGCUCUC